CACACAGCUGGGCCCGGUACUAGCUUGCUUUUCUCUGACUAGGGGACCCCUGGGGCCCUGUCCUUAUUCCCCAAGAUCCAGGCAGCAGGUGCCACUGUCCACAAUGAACGUCGUCCUCUCCAGGGACAGCCAAGUGAGGGCCAUGGAGAACACAGUGACGAACGCUGAGAGGUAUUUCGGUCAGUUCUGCUCACUGCUGGCCUCCUACACCCGCAAGACGGCGCGGCUGCGUGACAAGGCUGACCAGCUGGUGAAGCAGCUGAUAGACUUCGCCAACACGGAGACCCCUGAGCUGCGGGCCACCAUUCGAGACUUUGCCGAGGACCUGGCCAAGGUGCAGGAUUAUCGGCAGGCGGAGGUUGAGAGGCUGGAGGCCAAGGUCAUCAGCUCCUUGAAGCUCUACGGUGCCCAAAUAAAGCAGACCCGGGCAGAUAUCAAGAAAUGCAAACGUGUCCAAAAUAAUGAAAUUAAACAACUGGAGAAGUUGGAGAAAUUGAGGCAGAAGUCACCCUCAGAUCGACAAAUGAUCAGCCAGGCGGAGACCAGUGCACAGAGGGCCUCGGUGGACACUAACCGUUCCACCCACCACCUGGCAGAGACCGUGGAUGCCUUCCAGGAGCAAAAGCUGAAAGAUCUCCAGAGAAUCUUCUCUGACUUCGUGAUCAUCGAGAUGGUUUUCCACGCGAAGGCGGUGGAGGUAUACUCCAGUGCUUUCCAGACUCUGGAGAACUACAACCUGGAGAGAGACCUGCAGGACUUCAGAGCCAAGAUGCGUGGAAUUUAUGGGCACAGCGAAGUUCGGCCGCUCACAGACACCAACCCCUCUCCAUCUGUCCCCUGGCCUCUGACCAGUCAGAGUGCUCAGAGUACCAUGGCCCGCCAGGGGAAGGAGGCUGGAGAUGAGGAGGACAGCGAGGCUGACUCUGUGGAGGAGAUCCCCCUGGAGGACCUCAGGGGACAGCAGCAAGGACACCGAGGCUAGGAAGAAGGCCUAGGCUGGCCUGGACCUGGGUGCAUUCUGCUUGUGUUCUCCGGUCAGGGAUCCCCGGGGGUUCAUUCACUUUAUCGGCACAGUAGGCUGCUCUGCAGACCCACAUUCCCAGUGUCAGUAAAAUAUACGUGAAUCUCAACUGUA